AUGGAGGAGGAGAAGAAGGAGAAAAUGGUGAAGGAUGACAAACAAGAGCUGUCAUUAUUUAGGGAUGCCACACUCUCCAUGUGUAGAAGGUUGGGGGAGUUGGAAAUAAUGCCUACAAGAAUGACUUUACAGCUAGCUGAUCGCUCCAUAACCAGAUCCCACGGUGUUAUUGAAGAUGUUUUGGUUCGAGUCAAACAUUUCAAUUUCCCAACUGAUUUUGUAGUGAUGGACAUAGAUGAGGAUCUUGAAAUUCCCAUAAUUUUGGGAUGCCCUUUCAUGUCCACUGCAAGUUGUGUAGUAGACAUGGGAAAGAAAAAGCUGGAGUUAGGCAUUGAUAAUCAGAAAAUCAGCUUCGACUUGUUUGAUGAAGAAAAACAUUUGUCGGACCAAAAUGUCUGCUUACAGGUGAAGGAGUUUGAUGAGAAGGUUCUAAAGGAUAGAACCAAGAGUGAUCUAGGAUAA